AUGUCGGCAUAUCCUGCGUUCGUAAUGAGCCUGCUGUGUAUCAUUGGUGGUGGGAUGGGCUUUGCGCGAAAGGGCUCCCUCAUGUCGCUCAUCUCCGGUUUAACGACCGGCAUGCUUUACUUGUGGAGUGGGCAACAGAUUGGGGAGGGACUCAAAGUUGGCCACCAAGGCGCCUUCGCUGCCUCCGCUCUUCUCACACUAUCUUCCAUCCCCCGAUUGUCCAAGGGCCCCAUCCCCAAAGUGCUUGCGGUUACGUCAGCUGCAGUCGCGUUCUACUACAGCCGUCUGCUGUAUUAG